AUGUUUAGUAACAAUGAAUCUUUUACAGAUACAAUAAAUGGUGGUUAUGAAUACUUAAGAUUGGUGUUAAAAUUAGAUUCGUUUAGUGAGAAAAAAGAAGAUAAACUAAAUUUAUACAAAAGGACCUUCGUAAAAACAAUUAAUAACAUGGCGGGUGAUUUGAAAAUAAAAAAGGAAAGUGAUAAAGAAAAUGAAAUUAGUAACGUAAUUAAAAAGUGUAAUGAAAUACCAGAAGAUAUUGAACAAAGACAAGGGUUUUUAAAAGAAUUAGCCGAGUCAUUGACUAUGAAAUCAGUUAAAGAAACGCAAGGAAAUCUUUUUUUAUUAGGUAUUUUCACAAUUAUUUCAGGUUUAAUUAUUUAUUUUAUAAAGAAUUAUUUGUGGUUCAUUUUAUUUGGAUUUUCAGUGCUUUUAUCACUUCACAUUGUUAGUGAAAUAAGUUUAGUGAGUAAUUUGAGUAUUUUUAUAAAAACAGGAAUUUGUUUAUUAACAGCGAUUAUAAUAAGCUUUGUAAUUGUAUUGACUGAGAGUUUAUUUGUUAAAAUUAUCAACAGUGUUAUCACAAGUUUAAUAUUAACCAUAAUGUGGUUUAUAAGCUUAAAGUUUGAUAAAGAAAUUCUUGAUAUGAUAAACAAUAUAAUGAAUUUUACUCAAAUCGGAGAUUUAAAUAAUUCUGAUGUGAAAUUUAUUAUGUUUUUAGUGUGUUUAACAUCAAUAAGCUUAUUCUUUGAAUUUAUGAAGAAAUGA